UCUUGUAAAAUGUAAUAUACCCAGUGCAGCAAAAGCCGUCAUGGAGCUCGCCCUGAGCGGGAACUCCCUUAAAACCCUCCACCGCUGCGUCACCUGCCUCGCUCGCAUCGGCUCCGAGCUCGUCCUGCAUGGUUCGUCCUCCCAGCUGGCCUUCCACACACUCAACUCCUCCCGCUCGGCUUACCAGUCAGUCACUUUCAAGGCCGACUUCUUCGAUUCUUACUCCCUUCUCUCCUCGUUGGUACCGGAAAUUCGUUGCAGUGUCCUCCUCAAAUCCGUUUGCACGAUCUUUCGCACCCCAGUGCACUCUCUCUCUCAUCUGUGCAUUCGCCUUUCUUCUCCCGACGCAUCCAAGCUCCAAUGGACGCUCCAUUGUCAGAAUGGGGCGAGGAAGACCUACUGGAUCUCCUGCAACGUGGAGCCCGAAAUCCAGCAACUUUCCCUUGAUCGGCGAAGACUGCCAACCAGCUUUGUCGUCAGGCCGCGGGAUCUCACCCGGCUGCUGUCGAAUUUUCAGUCGUCGCUGCAGGAGAUAACCAUUAUAGCAACUGAUCCGUCCACGGUGCCUUCGGAUGCCGAGGAAGAGAUUGGAGGGAAAGCGGUGGAGCUACGUAGUUAUAUUGACCCCGCCAAAGAUAAUAGUGACGCAACGCUGCAUACCCAGCUUUGGAUUGACCCGUCAGAGGAGUUUUUGCAGUAUCAGCAUGUUGGAGAUCCCGCAGAUGUUACGUUUGGCUUGAAGGAACUGAAGGCAUUCCUUUCCUUUUGUGAAGGAUGUGAAGUUGACAUUCAUCUAUUCUUUGAAAAAGCUGGAGAGCCUAUUUUAAUGGCACCAAGGUUUGGAUUUGAUGAUGGAACUAGCUCCAAUUUCGAUGCAACACUAGUUCUUGCGUCCUUGCUCAUCUCACAACUUAAUGAUACAAAUGCUUCCGAUUAUCCACAUGCUGGUCCGGUGCCCCAAGGCAGUGAUGUUCGAAGGAAUUCACAAUCAAGGCAUGCUAGAGCUGCUGGUCCAUCAUCAACUUCUGAACAUCCUUCUGAUCACACCAAAAUCUGGUCUGAUCUAUCAGGGUCUGUUGCAAGAAGCGAUGAAUAUGGCAGAAUCAGGCAGGCACCUACGGAAGAAAAUUUAAAUAUGCAUACGUUUGAUUUUGUUCAGAGGCCUGAAAUGAUGAACGUAUCAAGGAUACUGCGCCCAAGGGAGACUGAAACUGAUAUACAGCAGGCCGAAGCACCUAAUUCGGUUGAACUACAUGGCAGAGAUCUCAAUGGAAAUCCUACUUCGCAGCAUCAUCCAAGCAACUGGCUUGGUGCCGGUGAUCGUGAUGAUGAUGAUGAGGAAGAUGAGGAUGAAGAUGAGCUAUAUGUGCAGUCAACACCUAAAUGAAAAGAUUAAAAUGGUGGAUUUCAUCUUUUUUCUCCAAUUUUUUGGUUUUUGUUUGUAUUUUUCGUUAUAGCAACAGGCUUUGUCGUUUAAGAUAAAAUUGUAGGCGCAUGCAUGCUUGUUCUGUUCUGCAACAUUUAUUCUGUGGAACGACUUAGGCUAUACAAUUGAACGUUGAAUAUUCUUUAUGAUGAUCAAGAAAAUGAUA